UCCCAGGACGCCACCCUCGGAACAGCUGCCGCUGGGCCCGCGAGCCGGCGAGGGCAGGGAGGCGCCGCCGGAGCGGCCCGGUCACCGAGCGCCCGCGCCGCCGGCCCCUCCGACGCACCUCCCGGGCGCUCCUAGAAGAGGACAAAGUUUGCAGCUCGCGCCCUCGCCCGCCGCGGCGCCAAGAGCUUGGGCUGCGCCCGCUUCCCGGUAUUGUUCGCCAACUUCGCUCGUCUCCUCCGCUGCCCCCGGCCCAGCGCCGGCGAGCGGGGGCAGCAGGGCCGGGACACCGUGCGCCCGGCGCGGCCAGGCUGGGCGGGCAUGGGCAGGGGCCCGAGCGGGGCCGGGGAGCCGGGGCCCGCAGCCCGCGCCCGGGAGCGGCGGCUCUGAGCGGAGCGGACCUCCCCGCCAGCCGGGGCGCCUCCGACGCCAGCAUGCCGCGCCCGGGCCCCCGCUUGUGGCUGCUCCUGCAGGUGAUGGGGUCGUGUGCCGCUAUCAGCUCCAUGGACAUGGAGCGCCCGGGUGACGGCAAGUGCCAGCCCAUCGAGAUCCCGAUGUGCAAGGACAUUGGCUACAACAGGACCCGCAUGCCCAACCUGAUGGGCCACGAGAACCAACGCGAGGCCGCCAUCCAGCUGCACGAGUUCGCGCCGCUGGUGGAGUACGGCUGCCACAGCCACCUCCGCUUCUUCCUGUGCUCGCUGUACGCGCCCAUGUGCACCGAGCAGGUCUCCACCCCCAUCCCCGCCUGCCGGGUCAUGUGCGAGCAGGCCCGGCUCAAAUGCUCGCCCAUCAUGGAGCAGUUCAAUUUCAAGUGGCCCGACUCGCUGGACUGCAGCAAGCUCCCCAACAAGAACGACCCCAACUACCUGUGCAUGGAGGCGCCCAACAAUGGCUCAGACGAGCCCUCCCGGGGCUCGGGCCUGUUCCCGCCGCUCUUCAGGCCCCAGCGGCCGCACGGGGCGCAGGAGCACCCGCUGAGGGACGGUGCCCCCGGGCGCGCCGGCUGCGACAACCCUGGCAAGUUUCACCGCGUGGAGAAGAGCGCGUCGUGCGCGCCGCUCUGCACGCGCGGCGUGGACGUGUACUGGAGCGGCGACGACAAGCGCUUCGCUGUGGUCUGGCUGGCGGUGUGGGCCGUGCUGUGCUUCUUCUCCAGCGCCUUCACCGUGCUCACCUUCCUCAUCGACCCUGCGCGCUUCAGGUACCCCGAGCGCCCCAUCAUCUUCCUCUCCAUGUGCUACUGCGUCUACUCAGUGGGCUACAUCAUCCGCCUCUUCGCGGGCGCCGAGAGCAUUGCCUGUGACCGGGACAGUGGGCAGCUCUAUGUCAUCCAGGAGGGCCUGGAGAGCACGGGCUGCACGCUGGUCUUCCUGGUGCUCUACUACUUUGGCAUGGCCAGCUCGCUCUGGUGGGUCAUCCUCACGCUCACCUGGUUCCUAGCUGCGGGCAAGAAGUGGGGCCACGAGGCCAUCGAGGCCAACAGCAGCUACUUCCACCUGGCGGCCUGGGCCAUCCCAGCUGUAAAGACCAUCCUGAUCUUGGUGAUGCGCAGGGUGGCGGGAGACGAGCUCACCGGCAUCUGCUACGUGGGCAGCAUGGAUGUCAACGCCCUCACUGGCUUUGUGCUCAUCCCGCUGGCCUGCUACCUCGUCCUGGGCACUUCCUUCAUCCUUUCGGGCUUCGUAGCCCUUUUCCACAUCCGGAGGGUGAUGAAAACUGGUGGGGAGAACACGGACAAGCUGGAGAAGCUCAUGGUGAGGAUCGGGGUCUUCUCCGUGCUCCACACCGUGCCAGCUACCUGUGUGAUCGCCUGCUACUUCUACGAGCGCCUCAAUGUGGACUACUGGAAACUCCUGGCCAUGCAGCAUAAGUGCAGCGUGAACAACCAGACCAAAAGCUUGGACUGUCUGAUGGCCGCCUCCAUCCCUGCAGUAGAGAUCUUCAUGGUGAAGAUUUUCAUGCUGCUGGUGGUGGGCAUCACCAGUGGUAUGUGGGUCUGGACGUCCAAAACUCUGCAGUCCUGGCAGGAUGUGUGCAGCCGCAGGUUCAAAAGGAGGAGCCGGAGGAAACCGGCCAGCGUGAUCACCAACAGUGGGAUUUACAAAAAAGCCCAACACCCCCCAAAAACCCAUCUUGGGAAAUACGAUAUCCCUGCCCCACCUCCCACCUGUGUGUGAAUCAGCUUGGAGAGACAACUUUCCCAGAGAGAACACAGUGGUUAUCAGAGCCAGACCAUGGCUUAUUGGUAUUUUUUAAAUAAAAGUAAAAGAAAAAAAAUUUAAGCUUUUGCCCUGAAAUUCAGAAUGCUGUGAUACACUGAAAGUAAAAAUGUACUUAAAGGGUUUUGGGUAGUUUUGUUUUGUUCCCAGUGAAGGAGAGCACCUCUGUUAAGUAGCCUUGUGUAACUGAUUUGUGGUAAAGUAGUGGAUUCAGCCCCCAGAAGAAAACUUUUGUUUAGAACCUUCCAUAAAUAUACACAUCUGUGUGUUUGAGCUGGCUUUGUUGCCCAUUUACAGAUCAGAGAAGAGAUCACUUCUUUGCAAGUUAAAGAGCCUUUGCUGGGUUGCAGACAGAGAAACAGAGAAAGUGAGAGAGAGAGAGGCAGGCAGAGGGUCUCUAGCAAGUGAGCUAUGGCAGGGGCCCCCCUCAGGAGGGUUGCUUGUAAGACAGUGGCUUCUGUGCAAACAGGAAGAAAGAGAGACCUGACAGCUCAGCACACCCCAAAGUGCAUUUGGAGUCACUUAAAAUAGACUCCAGCCUCUAGCCUCUGCAAACCAUCUUUCUCCAAGACAGAAACUUCCCCCAAACUCACAUUUGUCAAUGCAAACAAUGUGCAAUAGUUUUUUUCCCCCUCUUUCCAUGAAAAUAAAAAGAGAAACAAGUAUUUUGCUGUACAUAAAGACAACAAAAGGAAUCUCCUAACAAAAGAACUGAGGCCCGCCCUCAAAAACCCUUUAGUGUUACAUUUUGCGGCUUUUUAAUGGAAACCAAGCCAAUGUUAUACACGUUUGGACUGAUUUGUGGAAAGGGGUUGGGGGAAGGGGAGAAGGAUCAUUCAAAAGUACUGAGGGCUUAUUGACUCUUUCUAUUGUUAAACAAAUGGUUUCCAUGAAUGGAUCAAGAAGCACUAGACAAACUCCAGUUUAUUCUCUUUACCAUGCCCAGAAAGAGUGGUCCUGCUUGUCCAUAUUUGUAAUAUAUGAUAUUUUUUAUGCUCCACUAUUUUAUUUAAAAUAAAA